CUCCUCGUGUCGUAUUAAGCGCUUUCAAUGGAACUGUUCAGACAUUCUUCGCGAAAUACGCAACUGAACCAUGUCGUCUGUCUACAAGAGUCUGGAAGAUCAAGACAAAGAGGCUACGGACUACUACCUUGGAAAAAAGGAUACCGAGAACCCCGUUUCCAUACGAAAGGCUGCGAGGAGUUUGGGAUUAACUAUGAUCGCUUACGACGAAGAGUUCACGAUUAAUCAUCUAGACUGACUCGUCAUCCCACGAUUCUGAAGCUUACCGAAGCUCAUUAUAAAACUUUAUUUGAGGAUCGCAACUCUUUGAAUUGGGCUGGCGUUCCUCAGACUGCGGACGCAUAAGGAACGCAGCCGAAGCAAUACUUCAACGCAGCCAACCUGAUCCUGAUCUUCCACAACCAAAGCUCUCGAACAUGUGGCCUUAUCGCUUCCUCGAACCGAAUAAAGGAUUAGUUAGGCAGCCGCAGCAACGAGAAGUACUAGAACAGCGGAAAUUGGGCGGAGAUAAGACAGGCACAGCAAAUUCUGAAGCAACCUCGGCUCCCAGAACUCAUGCCGAGUCCUGAUUCGCUGAGGGCAAUCGCCCCUGCCGAGUAACCGGAUAAACGAAGAAAUUGUAAUCGGAAAGUUGUGCCGGUUCAAUCUUAGACCAUAUCUGUGGUUUUACAUUUAUCUAUCUAUUCGUCAUUCUUUUUUCUCAUUCUAGCAUUUGCUGGAGGAAGUUGAGG